AUGGACGCUGCUGGGGCCCCGGCCCCGGCCCCGGGCUCAGGCCGGAAGGAGCUGAAGAUUGUGAUCGUGGGCGACGGCGGCUGCGGCAAGACUUCGCUGCUCAUGGUGUACAGCCAGGGCUCUUUCCCCGAGCACUACGCCCCAUCCGUGUUCGAGAAGUACACAGCCAGUGUGACCGUGGGCAGCAAGGAGGUGACCCUGAAUCUCUAUGACACCGCCGGGCAGGAAGAUUACGACCGGCUGCGGCCCCUGUCCUACCAGAACACCCACCUUGUGCUCAUCUGCUAUGAUGUCAUGAACCCCACUAGCUACGACAAUGUUCUCAUCAAGUGGUUCCCCGAGGUCACACAUUUCUGUCGUGGGACCCCCAUGGUGCUCAUCGGCUGCAAGACAGACCUGAGGAAGGACAAGGAGCAGCUGCGCAAGCUCCGGGCAGCCCAGCUGGAGCCCAUUACCUACACACAGGGCCAGAGCGCCUGCGAGCGGAUCCAAGCCGCCCUCUACCUGGAAUGUUCUGCCAAAUUUCGGGAGAAUGUGGAGGACGUCUUCCGGGAGGCCGCUAAGGUUGCCCUCAGCGCUCUGAAGAAAGCACAGCGGCAGAAACAACACCGGCUCUGCCUGCUGCUCUGA